CGCCCAGCCCACGUGGGUGCAGACACAGCCCCGCAGCGGGCGCGAUUGCGGCAGGGGGCCCCCACAUCUGGAGCUCCAGGAGCCGCAGAAGGUGGGGCUGGGGGGACCCGGGUAGGAGGAGGAAGAAAUGGGGAGAUUGUAGUCCCUCCCACUUAGAGAUGCGGUCGCCAUGGUGACUGAGGACCAGUGAGGCGGGCUGGGGAUGGGGCUGGGGGGCGGGGGCGUGGCCGGGACGGAGCCCCGGGAGACGGUCGCCAGCAUUCCAGAAGGAGGGAAACGCCGAGGCACCCCCAGCUCCAGUGCCAGCUGCUGACGGCUGCCCGCUGAGCAUGGCCCUCCCUGCCCUGGGCCUCGACCCCUGCAGCCUCCUGGGCCUUUUCCUCUUCCAGCUGCUCCUGCAGCUGCUCCCGCCAACCACGGCAGGGGACGGGGCACAGGGACCUGUGCCCAGGGUCAAGUUCCACGCAGGGGAUGGACGCAGGGGGCUCAGCCUCUUCCAUCAGAAAGACCUCCAGGAUUUCGACACCCUGCUUUUGAGCAGUGAUGGUGGCACCCUCUAUGUGGGGGCGCGAGAGGCCGUGCUGGCCUUGGACAUCCAGGAUCCAGGGGUGCCGAGGCUCAAGAGCAUGAUACCCUGGCCAGCCAGUGACAGGAAAAAGAGCGAAUGUGCCUUCAAGAAGAAGAGCAAUGAGACACAGUGUUUCAACUUCCUUCGAGUCCUGGUCUCCUUCAACACUACCCAUCUCUAUGCCUGCGGUACCUUCGCCUUCAGCCCUUCCUGCACCUUCAUUGAACUCCAAGAUUCCAACUUGCUGCCCAUCUCGGAGAACAGGGUCAUGGAGGGGAAAGGUCAAAGCCCCUUUGACCCCGCUCAUAAGCACACAGCUGUCCUGGCAGAUGGGAUGCUCUAUUCUGGCACCAUGAAUAACUUCCUGGGCAGUGAGCCCGUCCUGAUGCGCGCACUGGGACCCCAGCCUGUCCUCAAGACCGACAAUUUCCUCCGCUGGCUGCAGCCCGACGCCUCCUUCGUGGCCGCCGUCCCUUGGACAGAUGUCGUUUACUUCUUCUUCGAGGAGACCGCCAGCGAGUUCGAGUUCUUCGAGAGGCUGCGCACGUCUCGCGUGGCCCAAGUCUGCAAGAAUGACGUGGGCGGUGAAAAGCUGCUGCAAAAGAAGUGGACCACAUUCCUGAAGGCCCAGCUGCUCUGCGCCCAGCCGGGACAGCUGCCCUUCAAUGUCAUUCGCCACGCGGUCCUGCUCUCCGCAGACGCCUCCGCUGAGGCCCAGGUCUUUGCCGUCUUCACCUCUCAGUGGCAGGUUGGCGGGACCAGAAGCUCUGCUGUCUGUGCUUUCGCGCUUAGCGACAUCCAGAGUGUGUUUGAGGGCAAGUACAAGGAGCUGAACAAAGAGACAUCCCGCUGGACCACGUACGGGUUCCCGGACAUCAGCCCCCGGCCUGGCAGUUGUUCAGCAGGCCCUUUCUCUGAUAAAGCCUUGACCUUCAUGAAGAACCAUUUCCUGAUGGACCAGAAGGUGGUGGGGCGCCCCCUGCUGUUCAAGGCAGGUGUGGAGUACACGCAGCUGGCUGUGGAGAAGGCGCUGGGCACCGAGGGGCACAGCCACCUGGUCCUGUACCUGGGCACAGCCACCGGGUCCCUGCACAAGGCCGUGGUGAGCGGGGAUGGCGGUGCGCACCUGGUGGAGGAGAUCCAGCUCUUCCCGGAGCCCGAGCCCGUGCGCAACCUGCAGCUGGCGCCCUCCCAGGGCGCCGUGUUUGCAGGCUUCUCCGGAGGCAUCUGGAGGGUUCCCCGGGCCAACUGUACUAUCUACGAGAGCUGUGUGGACUGCGUCCUUGCCCGGGACCCGCACUGUGCCUGGGACCCACAGGCCCGCACCUGCAGCCUCCUGCCCAGCCCCAUCCCGACUUCCUGGAAGCAGGAUAUGGAGCAUGGGAACCCUGACUGGGCAUGCGCCAGUGGUCCUAGGGGCAGGAGCCGGCCCCCUCCGAGACUCCCCCAAAUCAUUAAAGAAGUUCUGGCCGCCCCCAACUCCCUCCUGGAGCUCCCCUGUCCCCAUGUCUCGGCUCUGGCCUCAUACCGCUGGACUCACGGGCCCAGCCAGGUCCCUGAGGCCUCGUCCGCCGUCUACAAUGGCUCCCUCUUGCUGCUGCUGCGGCCCGGGCUGGGAGGCCUCUACCAGUGCUGGGCCACUGAGAAUGACUUCUCCUACCCCGUGGUGUCCUACUGGGUGGACAGCCAGGACCAGUCUCUGGCUCUGGACCCCGAGCUGGCCGGGAUUCCCCGGGAGCGUGUGGAGGCCCCGCUGACCAGGGUAGGCGGUGGGGCCUCCCUGGCUGCGCCGAGGUCCUACUGGCCCCACUUCCUCACAGUCACCGUGCUCCUGGCCCUGGUGCUCUCCGGAGUCCUCAUCCUCCUCCUGGCCACCCCUUUGGGGGCCCUCCGAGCGCGGGGCAAGGUCCAGGGCUGUGGGACACCGCCGCCGGGAGAGAAGGCCCCUCUGAGCAGGGAGCAGCACCUCCAGAGCCCCAAGGAACACAGGACCUCGGUCGGGGACGUGGACGCAGACAACAACCGCCUGGGUGCGGAAGUGGCCUAGAUGGCAGGCGCGGCGGGGCCGUCCCAGGCUGGCGUGGGCGCUGGGGCAGCGGCCAGAGCCCGUGGGAGCAGCACAAGGACCAUCUUUCUCCCAGAGAGAACUCUGGCUGGGGCUCCUGAGCAUGCCCCCAGGUGGGCCACAGCCCGCCACGGGAACAGCUGGGCUGGGCAGCUGCCAGGCCUGGGCCUCUGCAGGCGCUGCCGCAUCUUUCCUCCAGAGGCGGAUUACUCCAUCCUAAAUCUCCACCAGGACCUGCGGGGAUGAACGCCAGCUCCGGAAUCACUGUCGGAAGAGCGCCGGAGGCGGUCCAGGGCUGCAGGCACUUGCCUCGCAGGCAACUGGCCCCGUUCAUAUCCGGCACCAUUUAGUGGUGCUCCUCAGGAGAGAUUCCAAGUGCAAGCCAGGAGGAAGCACCGAGCACCAGCAGUGGCCCCAGAAACACACACUGGCAAAAUCUGUAGGGCCAGAAAGACAAAACAGGGGUUAAGAUGCUUGACUUGCACCUGCCUGACCCAGGUCUGAUUCCUGGCAAAACACAGAGUCCCCCAGCACUCCAGGAGUGAUCCCUGAGUGCAGAGCCUGGAGUAAGCCCUAAGCACUGCUGGGUGUGACCCUCCACACCCACCCACCCACCCGCCCACAUGCACAAAGAAAGAAACAGCUGCUCCCGGGGCCACUGGGGCCGGCGGCCACCUUGAUGGUAGCAUUCCCAGGCUGCAGUGAGGGUCCAGGUCCUCAGAGCUUCUGAGCUCUUUCCUGAAGUCGGCACCUUCCCUGUGCUUCAGGCCCGCCCUGGAAUAAGAUGCUCUCUCCUGUCUACGUGGCAGGACACCUGAUGGGUUUCUCUGAGCCUGGUCCCUUCCUUUUCACCCGAUUCACCUCACCACCUCUCACGCCACCCCCCUUUGGUUCUAAGAUUCAGAAAACUGCUUGGCACUGUUUAUUUUAAAAUUUUUUUUAGAGGGGGCCACACCCAGUUGGUGCUCAGGGCUUACUCCUGGCUCUGUGCUCAGGGAUCACUCCUGGCAGGGCUCGGGUACCAUAUGGGGUUCCAGGGAUUGAAACCGGGUCGGCCGCAUGCAAGGCAGGUGCCCCACUUGCUGUACUAUUGCUCUGGCCCCAGACAUUUUACUCGGGUUUUUUUGGGGGGAGGGGGUUGUUGUUGUUGUUUUAGUCUUUUGGGCCACACCUGGUGGUGCUCAGCGGUUACUCCUGGCUCUGCACUCAGGGAUCACUCCUGGCAGGCUCGAGGGACCAUAUGGGAUGCCGGGGAUCAAACCCGGGUUGGCUGCAUGCAAGGCAAGCACCCUACCCACUGUACUAUCACUCUGACCCCAGACAGUUUAUUUUUUAUUAAAAAGACAAAAUUAA